AUGAGAAGCAGAAAACAUCGUGCCAAGGCCAUGAAGAUAGCCGCUGUAGCUGAUGGCGUUAAUUCAGUGGCUUUCAACGAGGAAAAGAAAGAUCAGAUGGUGAUCAUUGGAGAUCGAGUUGAUGCAGCUAGCUUAGCUCUGUGUUUGAGGAAGAAGGUUGGCCAUGCCAACUUAGUGAAGGUGGAAGAAGUAGUGGAAGAUACAUGA